GUCUGCGUGGAGGUUAUAAUAGCACCCACGCUGUUCUAGCUUCGUCACCUUCCACUCACUUACAAUCAGGCGAUAUCUCCCUGGACUGUCCUCUGCGGCUGUCGAAGCAGUGGGUAAAACAAGACGCUAACACUGGAGCUGUAAAAUUAACAACGGGGGCUCCCGUUUAAAGCGCAGCAGCGAGCUGACCAACCCAGCGCAGUGUCAUCACUUGUGACUGCCUCUGAAACGACUUUUAGUUUUGGAGCAGUGCAAAUUGAUACUCCCAUAUUAAAAUCCACUGCCGCCGCUUCACACCAACCAAAAAAAAAAAAAACCCAAUCAACCAAAUCGAAGCAAAAUGGUGCAAAAUAAGAUGACCGAAGUCACUGGAUUUCACCGUUCAUUCAAGGGUCAAAAUCCCUUUGAAUCAGAGGACUUCACCAAAAAUGGAUCCCAUCUUCUUGAUUCAUCAUUUAAUUUUGAUUCCUCCCCAAGACAUGACAUGCCCUCCAGUCAGCCUAUUGACAUCCCCGAUGCCAAGAAGAGAAAUAAGAAGAAAAAGCGUUGCCGGGCAACUGACAGCUUCUCUGGGAGAUUCGAAGAUGUCUACAGACUGCAAGAGGAGCUGCUAGGAGAGGGUGCAUUUGCCAGAGUGCAAACCUGUAUCAACCUCAUCACCAACAAAGAGUAUGCUGUAAAGAUCAUCGAGAAAAGACCAGGUCACAGCCGCAGCCGUGUCUUCCGUGAGGUUGAAAUGCUCUACCAGUGCCAGGGACACAGGAACAUUCUGGAGCUGGUGGAGUUCUUUGAAGAGGAAGACAAAUUCUACCUGGUGUUUGAAAAGCUAAGAGGAGGCUCAGUCUUAGCUCAGAUUCACAAGAGGCAGCACUUCAGUGAGCAGGAAGCCUGUGAUGUGGUGCAGGACAUUGCCAGUGCUCUUGAUUUCCUGCACAACAAGGGAAUGGCGCAUAGGGACCUGAAGCCUGAAAACAUUCUCUGUGAGAGUGCAGACAAGAUUUCCCCAGUCAAGAUCUGUGAUUUUGACCUGGGCAGUGGGAUCAAAUUGAACAGCGACAGCUCACCCAUCUCCACCCCCGAGCUUCUCACUCCUUGUGGCUCAGCAGAAUACAUGGCGCCUGAAGUGGUGGAGGCCUUUAGUGAGGAGGCUACGAUCUACGACAAGCGCUGUGACUUGUGGAGCCUUGGUGUCAUCCUGUAUAUCAUGCUGAGUGGGUAUCCUCCGUUCGUUGGCCGCUGUGGAGGUGACUGUGGCUGGGAGUUGGGGGAACCAUGUCACACCUGUCAGAAUUAUUUAUUUGAAAGCAUCCAGGAAGGCAAAUAUGAGUUUCCAGAAAAGGACUGGGCUCACAUCUCCUCAAGUGCCAAAAAUCUAAUAUCCAAACUUCUGGUUCGGGACGCUAAAAGCCGUCUGAGUGCGAGCCAGGUGCUGCAGCAUCCCUGGGUGCAGGGGGGUGUGUCUGACACUUUACCAACAUCAAAACUGCAUCAACGAACCAGCAGUGCAAGGGACCUGACGUUAUUUGCUGACAAGGCCAUGGCUGUGAACCGGCAGCUGGCUGAACAGGACGGCAUGGAAGAGCAGCAGCAGCAGGAGGAGCCGUUUGUCGUAACUGCUGCUGGCUCUUCCAUGCGCCUCUCUCCUCCCUCCAACUCCAAGCUCGCUCGACGCAGGCAGAGGAACAGCCAGCCCAAGGGAGGUCCCGUCUCUGCCGCAGAGCUUCGUCAGCUCCUGGCCCCUCUGGUGAUAGUGGGAGACUGUGCCUGACCCAGUCAACCCCGACCUCCUGACCUUCCGUUAUGAUUGGUGUCCAGAUCUCAGACUGGCCUGAGCUACCCCUCCUCAGUUCUGGACACUCUCUCUCACUCUAGCUGGCCUUGAUCCCUCUGCCAUUCAGGCUCCAUUGCCUCACUGUAAAGGAAGAUGCUGCCCACAGCACUUCCUCUAAAUGCCUUCUGCCCUUCUGCAGCACUUCUGAAGCACAUUAUCCCUGGACGCGCAUACAGCAGACACACACGUGCAGGUCCAGGUUGGGGAGUAGGGCCAAUUAUGAUGUAAGAGAGAGAGAACGAAAGAGAGAGAGAGAGAGAGAAAGAAAGUGACAGAAGUAUUUUUUCUAAGUUAUGUUCUUUUUUUCCAUUCAAUGGUGUUAAACAGAAAUCAGAAACUUUUAUCUUUACAUUUAAGCUCAGACACCAAAGGACAACCUGUUGUGCUGCUUUCGUGUUACAACUGGAUCCACUGUGAAUUAAGUUAUCUGGAAUGUUCUCUUUGUCUGUAUGUGUAUGCAUGAAUGGCCCACACUCAGAUUCGCACAAGCUUAUGCAAUAUACCAUGGUGAAGGCUGUUCCUGUCAUCGUUAGAAGGGCUGGAGGCCAAUGCUCUCCGUGCCUACUGUGGUCCAUUAUGUGGCUGGGGGACAUGCAAAAAAAAAAAUUACUUUUUUUUCCUUCAUUGAGGAUUUUUUUUUAAGCCAAUCAUGUAAACAUCUGAUUUAAAAAUUCACUCUUCAUUGUGGGAAUUAAUGCUCCCAAAACAAAGAGUGUUUGUUUCCAAACUGCUUUAAUUUACUGUGGCACCAAUUCAUACAGUAUGUUAUUUGAAAAUUUGCCAAAUUAUCAGUGACCACAUAGUCAGUGUUUAAGACACAAUUUGGCGACUGACGUCGUUCUCGUCAAUCUCACUUGGGUCAUGAUGCAUGGCUGCCGAAAAAGAAAAACUUCCAGGUUUGCUCUGAAGUAUAUCUGGGAUGUAGGUACAGGCUGAUUAUAUGACUAAGAAAGUCAAACUCAUUCAUGUGGUUUUUUUUUUUGGUUUUUUUCGGAAAGCAUUUUAUCCCCUAAAUGCAAAGAUAUCUUGUAUUUUUUUUUUGUUCCCUUUGGUCUUUUGUAGUUUUUUUUUCUACCAGUCAUAAUAUGCAUCAUAUAUUUGACUUUUGACACAUUUUGACAGUAAAAGGAAACGCUCCUUUCAAGGGGCUGAAAAGCACAUUUUGGUCAAUGUUAUUUAAUUGAUCAGAAAACACUUUUUUUCCAGGGUUUUUACGGAGUCUCCUUUUUCCUGAUGAGACCAACCCGUUUCAAAUUUAGAGCUCUCUUGACAAAAGAGGCAUGAUUUUAAAAAAGAAAAAAAGAAACGUUAAAAAAAGGAAAGCAUUCCACAUAAAGAAAAACAAAAAAAAAACGUCUUCCUCGUAUGUAGCUGUUUUAAGUUGACUUUUUUUUUUUUGAUGUUUUAAAACUCCAUGACAAUGUGCCACACUGUUUUUUUUCUUUUUUUUGAACAGCUGUUAAUAAGCUUUUCUUUUCUAUAUGGUGACUUUCAUGCAGGUGCUGUUCAGAUCAGGUGAAACACCAGAUGUUUUCUUUUUUUAUGUUCUAUUUUUUUACAAGUCAGAGUAUGUGGUGAGAGUAAGACAAAGGAAGAGAGAAUGGAAAGUGUUUGUUUAUUUGAUCUGGAGCGUUCAUGCCCAGUGAAGGCAAGUUUUUUUUUUUUUUGUUUGUUUGUUUGUUUUUUUGUUUUUUUUUUGUAAAAGUCGCACCUUCUAUUGUUGUUCAGAUUAAGUUAAAGUUCAUUCUGACACUGACCGGUAAUGGGCUGGUGAUGAGGUGGUCUCACAACACUGUAGCCAUUUCACCAAAGAGGGUUCGAGUCAUGACAUCACACACACAUACACACGAUCACACAUGAUCACACAUGAUUUGUCACCUAGCAGUGAGAAGUGAGUCACUUCUGAUUGUCCAUGUCCUGUUGCCAGCACUGCGACAGCGGUACUCUGGAAAUGGUGUCUAAGGACCCGUUAUGCUGAGAACAGGGCACUGUAAUACUUCACAAACAAAAAAAAACCUUCUACAAAUCUUCGUGGGGUUUAUGUCUUAUAAUAAGACUUACUUGAAUAUGUUUAUGCAGCUGUUUCUUCUACAUUUUGGGAAACUUCUUAUCUCUCAGUAAUCUCAAAGCAUUAAGCUAAAGAUCAAGGCAAUCUUGGGGUUUUGAAAAAAAAAAAUACUUGUACACUUCAGUAUUCUGCCUUUUCUUUUUCCUGGUUCCAAUUUUGAGGAUCAGACAUUUUCCCUAGCUUUUUGAUAGGGUUGGAUACUCAGAAAACGCACACCUUACGGCCAUACUCUACAAUAUCCCAGGCGAUAUGAGAGUUAACUUGGUCAUGACCAUUUCUACUUUUUCCAAAGUGCAGUAACUUUUUUUUAAACGACUGCCUUUUCUGGUUUAAAAAAAAAUGAUACGACUUUGUAUUGUUUGUCCUUCUGUGGAAUUAUUGAAAUUCAUCAUUUAAAUGGACAGAUUAAUUAACCAGCCCAUAAUUUGAAUGUAGCCCAAAGGCAAAAGUACUUAAGAGUCCACCAAUGCUGAGCUGAUGUGUUAUCUAAUGUUUCUAUUUGUAGACCUGGUGUCUAAAUUGAUAUAUAACACCAUCAGGAUCGACCCCGCAUCAAUGUUCUCCUAAGUAAGAAAUCUGAAACAAAUGCAUCCUUUUAAGUACAAAAAAAAAUAUUUUUUUGAUUUAUAAUAAGCACUUUACUGUACCGCGUGAAUGAUUGCAGUUCACUCAAGGCAACAUUUAUGACAGUUGCUUAAAAUUUUUGUAUUGUUUUUCUUAAGAAAACGCAAUAAAAAUGUCUCAAACUA